UUUCAAGGUUCAUUUAACAAAAAAAGGUACUAGGUGAGAAAAUACUGCAAAUCAAUUAAUAACCAAAACUCUCAUAACACAACGGAAAUCUAAGAUACUAAUGGGCGUUUCUUGUUAUGGCCUUUGUUUUGAAGGAAUUGAGCUUGCGGUGGUUGACUGUUAACUUUGGAUCAUGGGGGGGGGGGGGGGGACAAAGAAGAUGGAGAAAUAUGAGACCCAUUACUUUUCUUUGCUUAAAAUCAAAUUGAUAUCAGAAUUAAAUUUGUUUUAACUCUAAACAGGAAGAACACCGAAUUGAACAAGUGGAGCGUGCCACAGGAUUUGGAAAAAGCUCAAAUUAGAAUUUGGUGUGAAAUUUAGAAAAAUGAAUCGACUUGACUGUAAGCUGAGAUGUCUAGUCACCAACGGAAUAAAACACGUCGCCAUCGCCAAAGAGAGUGAGAAACAAACGCCAGUUGCCUGGUAAGUACUCAACAAUUUAAUCGUGAACAAAUGGGUAGAAUUUUCGAUGGUUUUCAGACACAACAAACGAGCCGGAAGUGCUAACUGCAAUCAACUAACGAAUGUACAAGUUCCCAGAGAUCAUCAAGUCAAUUUUCCCUUUAAUCCCAAGUCUAGACAAUGACAAGAUUCAGGUUAAAUUAUAAUCGUAAUACUGGGAGGGAUUGAGUUAUUGGCCUGUCGGAAAAGCGUAAUACUACGGAGAUCAAUAUGAAUGUCAAGGUGGUGAAAUCGAUCACUUUACUAAGGUGUACAAUUCAAUCCGUGUGAUAAAACUUGAAACGCCUGAUUCAAAUCAUCCUAAUAUAAGUAAAUUGUUCGGCAUUUCUUUGAUCCGCAAUGGAAACUUUCGCAAUUUGAACUGAACUACUAUCAGCACCUCUCUCUGUCCCUGUCAACGUGAUUCCGAUAAGAUGAUAAAACGAUAAGAGAGAUAGACAGCUACGUGACGCUAGCUGCAUUAGUUGAUUAACUUUAAGACAAAGACGUUGCAAUACAAAAAUCCUCACCAAAGAAUUGCCAAGUAAGUCAUUUUCCAGCACAUUAAUCUUUGAACGGAAAAGAUUUCGUCGCAUAAUUACCGCCAAUUUGAUAAAUUUUUUCUUUCUAUGAAAAUAAAUUUAAAUGGUAGGAGAUUCACGUAUCAAAAAAUGAAAAAUCCUUUGUCGCCGAAAUGGAUGAUAAAAUCCCUGAUUGCAUUCCUUAUACUUUGUGUUGGAGUUUUCUGCCAAUUAGACGAGUCGACAUCUUCAUGGGCCAAACUCCAAAUUUCACCCAGCGAACUCUGUUCAAUGCCCUACGGCAGUUUUCGAAUCAACAUUUACGAACACGCAAACAAUCACAAGGCAACGACGACAAAUGCAAGUGUCAAAAAAUAUUUUUACGCGCCCAUCGCCUUGCUGGACCACAGAAGCGCAGCGAGUUUCUACAACAACGUCACAAAACAGCCCGAGGUCCGUUUCCGCAUCGAAAUGUGGAACCCAAAAGUCGAGAGCAAAGUCGUCAAUUAUUUGACCGAAUUUCUCAGUCAACCAAUCAAAUCAAAUCAGGUUCAAGUCAUCCCAUUCGACAAAGUGAUCCUGGCCAUCACAUCACCGUCCACCACCUUCUCACUGAAAUCAAAUUGGCUCCCGUAUCAACUGGACAAGUGGCUCCAGUUGACACUUUUCUGUUUCCACCAACGAGAUUGCAACCAACUGGCGGCCGCCAUGCGGACCAACCCCAAACAAUUCAACGACUUCAAACUCCUUUUCAGUUUGUCUUCGCAGACGUCGCAGACCAAACAGACGGUCAUCCGCAUCGACAACAUCGUCUCCGGACAAAUGAUGGCGCAAAUGUUGCAGAAAUUCAACGAAAGUACCAAAGAAGCUCUGCUAACGGCCAGUGAUGAGAAGAAACUGCUGACGGAAUCGAUGACCAACGUCUUGGUCGACACUUUCGACGACUCGGACGUCGUAUCCCAAACUUCAGAGUCGCAAAUCUACAACAUGUUGAAGAGUUUGCUCGUCUCGUCCAGGACGACCAUCAAAGAGCAAAGCGACAAAAUGUGGGACUCGGUUUUCUGGAACGACGACAACUACCGACCGGACAAGACCACGAAAACUAUGAACGACAUUUACGACAAAUUGGACAAGGAAGACCAGAAAAAGUUGAUCGACACGUUCCAAAAUACCAACACAUUUGAGUUUGGCGCAGGAGUUAGUCUCCUGGGCAUUACCUCGUUUAAAACAAAAUUCAAAAAAGAACUUUCCCGCCACGGUUCAACAACAAAGGAAGACAUCAACAAACUUUUCCAGGAAAGUAAAAAUCACGGCGAAUGGGACGGGGAAAAAUUUGUUCCCAAAGCGCUGGCCCUCAGCAGAGUCAAUUUGGCAAAACUGCGGGACACGCAAUCCUUCCAUGAUCGCAAAGUGAGCGUCCGCUACUCGACCGCCGUCCUGUCAACUCCCAUCCAUUUCCUACAAAACUCUGAGCUGACAGCCACGGAUGAAUGGCAAGAGUUGAAAGACGAAUUAAAAGAAACACAAAAGCGUUUAUCAUACGCUUUGAAACUUUUAACAAAGAGGCGCAUCACUUUCGAAAAAUUAGAAAAGCAGCAAAACGAUACGAACGCAACUGUUUUCAAUUUAAUCAACGAUGUAAAUGAGAGAACGAGCGCCAUUGUGGACAUUGGCAAAAUGCCCUCGUCCUGUGCCGACCUCCGAGAAAUCGGACACAUUAAAAGUGGAUUCUAUUCCAUCAUGGGGAAAAGCAACAUGGAAACUGUGCACUGCAACUUCGCGAAGCAACACCACGAUUCGGAUUUCCAGAAAGUGAUCGGCUACGUCGACGUUAAAUCAGGACCCGUUUACUUCCACGCUCAAUCAACGACCAGUUUUCGAAGUGUCAACACGGCAAUUCCCUUUAACCUGAUCAGAAUGAAUGUGGGCAAUGCCAUUAGUUCCAGUGGAUUAUUCGUAGCGCCUAGAUCGGGAAAAUAUUUCUUUGCUUUUACGGGAUUGAGUCCAGAUAAUUAUGUUCGAGUUGAAUUUCAGAUGAGGACUGGUGUCAAUUCGAAUUGGAUAAAAUUAGGGCACGCCUUUGGUCAAAAGAAUUAUCAAACUUUGACGCUCCAGUACAUUUUGCAACUUGGUAGAGGCGACCAAAUUCGAUUGAUGUUACAGGACGGAGUAUUGCACAGUGAUACACCUUUUGGCCCGAUUACAAGUUUUUCUGGCUGGCUAAUGGAAGAAAACAUCUUUUAAACAAGGCCCCCUUCAAAAUUCAUUUGAGAAAAA